UCUACGUGCUGGUCUACAACAGAUGUUACUCUCUCUCUCUCUCGCCUGACAGUCCUCUGACUAUUUCGCGAACACUUCAACGAAAAACGUAUUUUGUGAAAUGAGAGUGUGACCGAUGUGGCCUGUAGAAAGGGACACAUAAGAAAGAGGCGCGUGAAAAUCAGUUGUCCAGCAUUGGGGUGUAACUGUGCGCGUGGGAGAACAUUGAAGAUGGAAUUGGAUGGAACGUGAAUUUUAAAAUUAAAGUUUUUUGAUUCCCUGUAAUUGAAUUCUUAGUGACAGUGUGCAAGUUCCACGUUCCGGCUACAUAGACGUUUAAGCGGAAUACCUGGAAAGCAUUGACGAAGACGCCCACGAUCAAGUGUCUAAAACAGGUGAACUUCGUGCGUGCAUAAUUAAACAACAAAAUCGAUUCAUCUGAUGGAAGUGAUGAUGCACAAUGAAGUGGGAAUCCAAUUCAACGUUGGAACUUAGGACGGGCGAGCUGGAUUCAUCGUUGUUCAAUUUAUCGUUCACGACCGACGGCUCAAAUUCAACGUCGGAUCCCGCCGUCGAGUUGGACAUGUCGGUCAUUGAACGUUUUCGUUCCAACCGUCGCGUUAACGAUCUCGCCUUCUUUUGUCUGGUGGCCGCUUAUUGCAUCCUCAUCAUCUUCGGCACUAUCGGCAAUUCGCUUGUCGUCUAUGUCGUUGCCCGUCAGCCGGCCAUGAGGACGGCCCGUAACGUCUUUGUCGUCAAUUUGGCUAUUUCUGAUCUACUCCUCUGCCUCAUCACUAUGCCAUUGACGCUGAUGGAGAUCCGGUCGUACACAUGGCCGUUAGGCAAUUCUCCCGUUUCGUGCAAGAUGGUCGGCUCGCUUCAGGCCGUUUCGAUCUUCGUCUCAACGCUGUCCAUCACGGCCAUUGCUCUCGAUCGUUACCAACUGAUCGUCUACCCGACCAAACGGGCUUUCCAGCUGACGGGCGCAUCGCUGGCCCUGGCGGCCAUCUGGGCCAUCUGUAUCGUGCUGGCUCUUCCGCUUUUUAUCGUCCGCACACUGGAGCAUCAUGAUAUCCCUAUACCCAAUUCGCCCGUUACGUCCGUCGACUAUUGCCUGGAAGAAUGGCCUAACGAGAGGGGCCGUUCGCUUUAUUCCAUCGGUAGCAUCUUGGUCCAGUACGCCCUGCCCAUCAUCACCGUCUCGGUGGCUCACGCUCGCAUCAGUAACAAACUUCACGAUCGAAUGGCAACCAUGAAUCAUCAACUGGUACGCCCACAGCUAUGUAAUAUGGCGUCCAGUAACGGCCAGUCCGGUCAGCAUUCGGCAGUUAAGGAAUCAGCAACAGACUGCCGUACAGCCGCCAGAGAAGAGAAGCUUAGAAAAACCAAUACUCUCCUUAUAACCAUCUCCAUCAUUUUCACCAUUUGUUGGUUGCCUAUGAACACGUUCAACGUCGUUGAAGAUACGUGGAACGUGUUUGGAGAUGAUACGGAAACGAUGUUGAUUGUCUACGCUGUUUGUCAUAUGGUCGGCAUGUCUUCGGCCUGUGCUAACCCAUUGCUGUACGGUUGGUUGAAUGACAACUUCCGUAAAGAGUUCCACAGGUUGGGCACGUCCUUCAUCGCCAAACGGCGAAAUCAGAUAGGCGGCCAGAGCAUCCAGCUGGACAAGACGAACAAUAAGCGACUUGAACUUGCGGUUAUCGUUGAACGAGAAGAACGGACCCAGGAGCCAUUGGGGAUGUCGAUGAUUGGUCUGUCCCAAACGAGCGGUGCAACCGUCAACGUUUUAUCAACGUCGUUCAAUUUUGCCCGUCAGUCAGAAAUGAAAGCCGCCACCCACCUGGACGUCGAUUCGACUAACGAUCAUGUCGUAGAGAAUAACUCAAUGUCAGCUCACGCCGAACAUCCAAUUUGAUGAAUGACGUGCGGCAACCAUUAGCAUCUCAACUUUAGGGCGUAUAGUCUCCCGCUUUCUUUUGGUAUGAGAAGUUCCAUCAAAACUCAGUUUUUUAAUCAUUACAUUUGUUAUACUUGACUCACGUGCAAACUUGUGCUAUGCACUUACCGCUAACGUUCAAUAGCCAUUCAUAAAAGCCUAUUCUAUGUUCUAAUUUUGCGUGUACACACAAAUCUACAGGAUGUUAAUGUAAUACAUAUAGAGCUUCUCUGUCAUUA